AUGGAUGCCAAACGCAAGUUCAUUUAUAGCGAAAUCACCAGAAUUAGAAAGACUUUGGAGCGCUAUAAGCGGCUCGUUCUCCAGGACGAGCAGCUCAAGAGGCUUGGAGUUCGGGCAACCGCGGUUGAUUUGACUGCUAAUAAGUUCCAAAAGUUCAAGCCGUGCUUCUUUGUCCCCCGAGGCAUAAAAUUCACCAACGCUCAGAACUCAAGAAAUUCCAGUCAGCAUGAUUCAGUGGAGAGAGGGAACAAACGACUGCAGCUUCUGAAAGAUCACGCUGAAAGCGUCCGCCCCCGAGUCCAAUUUCCAGCCAUUCUUUCGACUAUUCACGACACCAAAAUCAACGCUUUGAAAGAUGAAGGCUUCGAUCUAUUUCAGUUCACCUCGCUUUCCCGGUUGGGAUCCACCGGCAGUCUAUUAAGCAAGGAGAAAUGGCCCUUCAACCCCGAAUUACGGCUAUCCGAACAGAGGCACAGUUUCAAUCGUUGGCAGGUUUACCUUUGCUUGGAGGAUCGAACCCAUGCGGCCCCGCAUGCCAUAAUGGACGUGCUAGUGGAUGCAAAUGAUCCCGGCGUUAAACUCCAUUAA